AAAUGGAAUUUAUAAACAACUGGCUCUACUGUCGUCAUCUCAUCUGCAUUUUCAAACCAGUUCCACAACUUAGUGGCUCCUGGUAGGCAGGUCCACCACAGAUUUUAAACAAAACUGCGCUGUAUCGAAAGGCGAGCACUAUUCUUAAUUCAAGUUUAAGUAUCAUAACAACUCGUGAGUUAUCUGCAAGUUUUGUGCCCAUGUCGCGACGGUCACGAGGCAGCAACGUAUGGCAGGUUCGCGCCUCUGCUUUGGCUCGUAAUACCCACAAUUUGAUUAGAAGUAUUGUGGACGAUCUCAAAGUUGAGCCAAAUCCUGAAAAGCCAUUUAUUGCACUUUCAGUUGGCGAUCCAACUACCUUUGGAAAUCUAAACCCACCAGAGCAAGUGCUGCAAUCUAUUCGUGAAAGUAUAGAUUGGAAUAAAAGCCGGAGUUACGGUCCUGCUGUUGGCCAUUUGGAUGCCCGGCAAGCUGUAGCGGAAUACAGCGCACAUCAGGGCAAUGUUGCUGCCGAAGACGUUAUACUCUGCAGCGGGUGUUCGCAUGCCAUUGAGAUGGUCAUUGCUGUUUUGGCUGACUCGGGACAAAAUAUACUUGUACCACGGCCGGGUUUCAUGAUAUAUAAAACAUUAGCCGAAGGAUUGGGCAUCAACUUAAAAUAUUACAAUUUAUUGCCUGAUCAACAAUGGAAAGCAGACCUGGAUGAUUUGGAAAGCAAAAUAGAUGAUGAUACAGCACUUAUAGUGGUUAUCAAUCCUUCCAAUCCGUGUGGUUCUGUUUACAACAAGGAACAUUUGCUCGAAAUAUUAGAUAUUGCGUCUAAAAAUAGGGUACCUAUUUUAGCUGACGAAAUAUAUGAACACUUUGUAUUUUCUGGCAAUGAGUUUGUCGCCAUAUCGUCUCUAUCUAAAGAUGUACCAGUGCUGACUUGCAGUGGUCUCACGAAAAGGUUUUUAGUUCCUGGUUGGAGGAUGGGUUGGGUCAUUAUCCAUGAUCGAAAUGAUAUCUUAGGAAAAGACGUGCGCAAGGGCUUAAUAAAUUUCGCUUCCAGAAUUUUGGGCCCAAACACCCUAAUACAAAGAGCUCUACCCUCAAUAUUAAGGAAUACGCCACAAAGCUUUUUCGAUGAAGUAGUAUUAUUUAUUGAGAGUCAAGCAAAGCUCGCGUACAGUGAAUUACGACGCGCACCUGGUUUACGCCCGAUUAUGCCUCAAGGCGCAAUGUACAUGAUGGUUGAAAUUAAAAUGUCCCAAUUUCCAAAAUUCAAGAACGAGCUUCAGUUUGUGGAACGUAUGGUUAGUGAACAGUCUGUGUUUUGUUUACCAGGACAGUGUUUUGAUUGUCCAAAUUUUGUGCGCAUUGUGCUGACGGUUCCUGAAGAGAUACUUCUUGAAGCAUGCCGCAGGAUCACCGUAUUUUGUAAAGAUCACAUUAUUUCAGGAGAAAAGUUAAAAGGAAUAGACGCGAACGUCGUAACUGUCGCAAAUGAACCUAAAGUUAUUUGUGGUUUAUCUCGAGUAGCUUAACAUCUAUUUAUAAUAAUCUUACUAUUUUUUGGAAUAUUUGUAAGUCAAUAAAUAAGUACUAUUAUAUCAAUAAAUAAUCAAUAAACUAUUAC